UACGAGAAGUAAACAUGUCAGGAAGAGGCAAGGGAGGAAAAGGCUUGGGGAAAGGAGGCGCCAAGCGUCACCGUAAAGUUCUUCGUGAUAACAUACAGGGUAUUACCAAGCCAGCUAUCCGCCGUCUGGCUCGCCGUGGCGGAGUCAAGCGUAUCUCUGGCUUAAUCUACGAGGAGACUCGUGGUGUGCUGAAGGUGUUCCUGGAGAACGUUAUCCGUGACGCCGUCACAUACACCGAGCACGCCAAAAGGAAGACCGUUACCGCCAUGGAUGUGGUCUACGCUCUCAAGAGACAAGGACGUACUCUAUACGGUUUCGGAGGUUAAAUACUUUGAUCAUUCCACCAACACGCACCCAAAAGGUCCUUUUAAGGACCACACACAUUCCUGGAGGAGCUGCUAUUCCUUAUUUUGAUAAUCUGUUGUGGUAUUGAUGGUUUCGCAAUUAGUCCCGUAAGCGAACGAUAACACUUGGACUCUUUCAUAGACCUAUACACGCAACCCAGGAGACUAGAUAACUGUCCUUUCAUUUGGGAUUAUGUUCUACGCGGUUUUUGCCGCCAUAGUGAGCAGAAUCCCAAAAACAUUGCUUUAUGAACAUGUCCUGCGCACACCGCUCAGUCGUUAAUUGCUAUAACAGACGCUCCAAAAGACCAGAUUUGUCGUUUCUUGUAGUUUCCCAAAACAGACAUGUCAUAAAAUGUUGAUUUAUAACAGGUUGUUGUAAAUAAAUGA